CCCCGAUUGGGUUUACCAGCAGGGCCGGCCAGACUCCAGCCGUCCAGCGAGAGAGACGAGUCCUUGCACGUCUCGAGCUGCGAGUACGCUCCGACGUGUCGACUGACGACGACACGUGCUCGAUUUCUCCUUCCUCUUCGAAGACGGCGGAGGCGUAUAAACCCCUGCCCGUCCGUCCGUUUCCUUUGUCUUGCUUCUCGAGGUUGCGUCCGUCACUCGCUGACUCGCCCCGAUCGAGUCCUCCAGAGGCCGGAGCGAUCGCCGUACCUCUUUGAACAGAACUGUGCGAUGGCGGACGAGGAUAUUCAGCCCAUUGUGUGUGAUAAUGGCACUGGAAUGGUCAAGGCAGGUUUUGCCGGUGAUGAUGCACCAAGGGCUGUCUUCCCUAGCAUUGUAGGCAGACCACGCCAUACCGGUGUCAUGGUUGGUAUGGGCCAGAAGGAUGCCUAUGUGGGUGAUGAAGCUCAAGCAAAGAGAGGCAUCCUGACAUUGAAAUACCCGAUUGAGCAUGGCAUCGUCAACAACUGGGAUGACAUGGAGAAGAUAUGGCAUCACACCUUCUACAAUGAGCUCCGUGCUGCACCUGAAGACCACCCUGUUCUGCUGACCGAGGCCCCUCUCAACCCCAAGGCCAAUAGGGAGAAGAUGACACAGAUCAUGUUUGAGACCUUCAAUUGCCCAGCAAUGUAUGUCGCGAUUCAGGCCGUUCUUUCUUUGUACGCUAGUGGUCGGACAACUGGUAUUGUGCUUGACUCUGGUGAUGGUGUGAGCCACACCGUUCCAAUAUAUGAAGGCUAUACUCUCCCUCAUGCUAUUCUCCGUUUGGAUCUUGCCGGCCGUGACCUCACCGACCAUCUAAUGAAGAUCCUCACAGAGAGAGGGUACUCCCUCACGACGAGUGCCGAGCGGGAAAUAGUCAGGGAUAUAAAGGAGAAGCUCGCAUACGUUGCCCUCGAUUACGAGCAGGAGCUGGAAACUGCUAGGAGCAACUCCUCUGUGGAGAAGAGCUACGAGAUGCCUGAUGGCCAGGUUAUCACCAUUGGGUCAGAAAGGUUCAGGUGCCCUGAGGUGUUGUUCCAGCCAUCUCUUGUUGGUAUGGAAUCUCCUGGCAUACAUGAAGCCACAUACAACUCCAUCAUGAAGUGCGAUGUUGAUAUCAGGAAGGAUUUGUACGGUAACAUUGUGCUCAGUGGAGGAUCCACCAUGUUUCCUGGAAUUGCUGAUCGCAUGAGCAAGGAGAUCACGGCCCUGGCUCCUAGCAGCAUGAAGGUUAAAGUGAUUGCACCACCUGAAAGGAAAUACAGUGUCUGGAUUGGUGGAUCUAUUCUCGCCUCUCUCAGCACUUUUCAGCAGAUGUGGAUCUCCAAGGGAGAGUAUGAUGAAUCUGGCCCCGGCAUUGUCCACAUGAAGUGCUUCUAAGUUCCCGGGGAAGUCUGACGCAUGGUUCGUCAGGACGUUAUCGGCUUGUCGAUCCGUUGCCUCGAAGCAAUACAGAAGAGGUAGAGGUCUGUGAAGAGGAAUAAUUGUAGUAGUACCCCAAGGUCGUGAAAAUGAAUUUACACAUGUACACACUUAAGUCUCUGGUGUUCCCUGCUGUACCAAACGGAUUGCACAUGUAUUUUCGGCAGCGGUGUAUGGUGUUGCCUACAUAGUUUGCCUUUAUUUGGUUCCGCUGCA